GCCCGCUAUAACAACCUGUAAUCUGUGGCCGGAGACCUCAGUUAUGCUGCGUGCGAUGGAGUGCGCGGUGCGGUCACGAGCGUCGAUCGCGCGCCAAGCCAACUGCGAUCUGUUACACGGACGACGGUGGCUUUCUAUGAUGUGAUUCGAUCGCUGCAAGGACAACGUGCGAUCCGCCCACGCGAAACCCGACGUUCUGUCUGUCUGUGAUAUCCCGGUUGUUGCGAUCGUGCGGCGGGGAUGUGAUUGAGGAAGUGCUCCGAAACGUGGAAUAUGUCGAGGAGGAGGAACAGGAACAUGAGGGCCAGAAAACAGAACGUAAGAAGAUGUUACUGCGAAGGACUCUGUCCAGACCAUCACCAAUCCAACGGGACCUGCGAAAUCAGGCCCGGCGGGUUCUGUUUUACCUCAGUCGAGGUAGGAUACACCGAUCAAGGUGUCGAAUAUCCACUCAGGAGGUAUGGCUGUCUUCCACCGGACGAAGGAAGCCUCAUGCAGUGUAAAGGCCACCUCGUCCCCCACCUCGAGCGCAAAUCGAUCCAAUGCUGCGACAACAUGGACCUGUGCAACAAAGACUUGAAACCGAUGUACCCCGACCGCCCCACCCCCGACGCCCCCCAAUACAGCCCCUUCGACAGCCCCCCCUACAUCGUCCUCCUCACCUCCGUCACCUUCUGCAUAACCGUUUGCCUGAUCGUCAUCAUGAUCUGCUACCUCCGAUACCGCAAGAAGCAAGGCCUCUUCCACAAGGACUACCCCGAGAAGUACCCCUCGAUGAACAUCCACCGGCACCACCUCAUCGACGACAAGAGCAGCGGCUCGGGCUCCGGCAUGCCGACGCUGGUCCAGAGGACCAUCUCGAAGCAGAUCCACAUGGUCAGCUCGGUAGGCAAGGGCCGCUACGGGGAGGUGUGGCUGGCGCGGUGGCGAGGCGAACGCGUGGCAGUGAAGGUGUUCUUCACGACGGAGGAGCAGUCCUGGUUCAGGGAGACGGAGAUCUACCAGACGGUGCUGAUGCGACACGAGAACAUACUGGGCUUCAUCGCGGCGGAUAUCAAGGGCACGGGCUCGUGGACGCAGAUGCUGCUCAUCACGGACUACCACGAGAACGGCUCGCUCUACGACUACCUGCAGGACCACGUGCUCGACUCGACGACGCUGCUGACGAUGGCGUUGAGCAUAGCGAGCGGGCUGGCGCACCUGCACACCGAGAUCUUCGGGACGAGAGGUAAGCCGGCCAUCGCCCACCGCGACAUCAAGAGCAAGAACAUCCUCGUGAAGAGCAACCUCGAAUGCUGCAUCGCCGACUUCGGCCUGGCCGUGAAGUACUUCAGCGACACGAACGAGAUCGACGACCCUCGCUGCAGCAGCAUCGUCGGGACCCGCAGCGGCACCAGGCGGUACAUGGCCCCCGAGAUCCUCGACAGCAGCAUCAACGUGCGCAACUUCGAGGCGCACAAGAUGGCCGACAUGUACGCCUUCGGGCUGGUGCUGUGGGAGAUCUCCAGACGGUGCAUCACCGGCGACAAGAUCACGACGGCCGACGAGUACCAAGUGCCAUACUAUGACUGUGUGCCGAGUGACCCUAGUUUCGACGAGAUGAUGCAGGUGGUUUGCGUGAAGAACGCGCGUCCCCAUAUCCCCAUCCGGUGGGAGUCGGAGCACGUGCUCAAGACGCUGGCGAAGGUGAUGCAGGAGUGCUGGCACUCGAACCCCUCGGUGCGGCUGACGGCCCUGCGGGUGAAGAAGACGCUGUCGAAGCUGGACACUGAUUCGUGCAUCAAGAUCGUGUAGUGUGUAUAGGGAGCAGCCCGGAUUCGAUCCGUCGGUGUAUGCCCGGAGUAGAUUGUUACAAAGCUAACACAAUCCUACCAAUAACAAAUUGUACAUAGACUUAAUGUAAGUUUGUAAAUAGUACGACGUAAGGAGAUAUCUGUAAGAAUUCAAAGUACCUAUACAUUCACAUAUGAAGUCUUAACGACAAUAUUCAACCAAACUGUCCGGACACAAUGAUUUUUUAACGGGACGUAGGGUACACUCAGCCAUAGCAACUCACAAUUCCUAAGUAGUGCCAUUUUUUCGGAUAUGAACAAUUUUGAAAAGUUAUUGUGUCUCAAACUGUUGCGUACAAGUUUGGUACUCGAAGACAAUCGUCACUUUGGGUAUUUCUAGUGUCUUGAUUUUAUCCAUACACUUGUUAAAAUUGCACGGAAUUACGAUGGUUAAGUUCAAAUUUGCUCAAAAUAUGGUUCAUUUGUAACGAUCAAGUGCAAUGGAAGUUUUUUGUUUUCGUUUUUUCGUUUUUUUUACUGUAAAUACUUCUGUUUAUUUACUUUCUCCCGUGAAACAUAUAGGCCGUGUGACUGUAGUAUUGUGCAUUUACGUUUGUAAAUAUCCAUUUAUCUUUUGUAAUAAUGUGAAAGUAUCAAAAUUGUUUUGGAUGUGCAGUAAUAUUGCAAGACUGAUAUAUUUUGAAUGUGUAUACAAAAAUAACGUAAUAAAUAGUUUAUAGAAAA